UGUAACUCGUUUCUUCUUGUACAGUAUUUUUUUCUUAAAUGUCGGUGAUAAGGCUUUGCUGUGUUUUACGUUCGCGUCAGAAAUUGAUAAAUUUGAAAAAAAAGCUCUAGUAAGAAAUUUCAUUUUUGUACCCAAAACUCUCGUAGCAACCAAGAUGGCCGAGCAGGAUGAGGAAGAGAAUGGGGACUUGACAACAGUAGUUGAGGACUGCAGGCAUGGAAUGCAGCUGGCCACCCCUGAGAGUCGGUUCAUUUGUGAUGAAGUCCAGUCUGGUUGUCAUGGGAUUGAGUUUCUGUCAAAGCAGAUUACUUGUCUGCAGCAGUCUAUACCAGAAUUUGUACAGGUCACUACUUCAGGGCUGGAAGAAACGUUAAUAGAAAACGGACAAGUUGUAAAAACGCUUGCUGCAGGGGACAGGGUGUUAUUGGAGGGCAGCAUCAUAAAUGCGUUGGGAGAUCCAUCUGCCAGAAAUGGGACUGCUGUGAGUCCUGAUCUCAGAGAAGGAUUGCCUCAAAGUACUGCACCUAUGGAAACCCCAACUAAUACCAUUAUAUAUAUACAACCUGACGGUACUUUUGUAGAGGGGACUGGCUUGACCCCCGAAGAAGAGCAGCAGCUCCUGGAGCAGUUAACAAAGCAGCAUUUAGUUGAGGUGACAGAAAAUGAAACACAGCAUGUGUUUUGCACUCAGAAUGAACAGCUGGAUUCGGCUUUCAUACAACACACAACACUAGCACCAGAUGAACUGCAACAAGUUAUUGAGCAAGUUACAAAAUCCCAACAUCAAGUAGCGCAAGACAACCAGCCAAGCAUAGUGUCCCUCGUGUCGCAGGCAUCUGCUGUGACUGAUCUUAGUAUUGUGACUUCCGAUGCUGUUAGUGUAGCUGAAACUUCGAAUCUGCCUUCUCAGUUACACCAUGCACCAAAACAGCAAUUGAUAACCCAGCCACUUAACGUGAUGCAGAAUGCAGCGCAGCAUUUACAGAACGUAGCUCAUCAAGUGGCACUUGAUCAAAACAAAGCUAAUUCGCUGAAACGUGCUGCACAACACAAGUUAGAAGCUGUUCAUAUUCAAGUCCACUCGGGACCUGCGCAAACAAAGGAGCGUCCUAUACCUCCUCUGGCAGCAAUUCGGCCAUCAGCUGUAACGAUUGGGCAACCAGCCAACAAGAAUACCUCAACUGUCAAUAUUUUUAGCCCCCAGAUAAUAAAGAUACAACCUGUAGCUGGCAGCGGCCAGCAACAGUAUUUUCUUCAAAGCACUUCUGAACCUCCUAUUCAGUUGCUUGUACAAAGAGCACCUCCUCCUCUUGCACCUGUAUCAGCUGCCCAUAAGAUGUCUAGGAAUAAAACUGUAAAUGGGCAAACAACUGUUAGUACUACUGUGACAGUUUCUAAUCCUAUCAGUGUUGUACCCUUUUCAGCUACUAGCCUUGUUUCAGGCCCAGUAAAUCAGCAGAAUGGUAAGUUAAAACAGAAGAAACCCUUUAAGGUAAAAACUCGUUCCGGACGCAUUUCUCGACCUCCCAAAUACAAGGCAAAGGACUACAAGUUCAUCAAAACAGAGGACUUAGUUGAUGGUCGCCAGUCAGAUUCUGAUGACUAUUCUGAGUUGAGUGUUGAAGAGGACGAGGAUGAAAUGAAAAAAGAUGCAGCAUUCAGUUCUGUUAAUUAUAAUUUAAAGCCAAAAACAUUUAAAUGUGAAAGUUGUGAAAAGGCUUAUAUAGGACGAGGAGGCUUGGCACGGCACUAUAAGCUAAAUCCUUCCCAUGGAAAGACAGACAGUUUACCUCAAGAAAAAGCAUCAGCUGUAAGCAAGCCUAUUAGCACUACUAGUGUAGAAGAUCAUGGAGUAGGAGAUGGAAAUGACACUGCUGCACGUUCAGGGUCACCAGUGGUGUUGAUUAAUGGUGACCGUGGAACGCUAGUUUGCACCAAAGAUACAAUAGCUCCAUCACAAGAAGGGAUGCAGGUUAAACAGCCUUUAACUCAUGAGCCAUCCUUGGAAUUACAUCAGCCAUGUUUAACUCAUCCUAUACGUCGAGGAACUAGAAGAUCAAAAGGACCUGGUAGACCAAGGGGGCCAAGAAGACAUGGGCGAAUGGGUGUCCCUGGAAGACCAGGAUAUUCAGUAAGACGUGGUACACCUGGACGACCUCGUAACUCCAUCUGUGAUUCAGAACACACAAUGUUUAGAAGAAAAGCUAGGUUAAAAGAGUUACUGCAGCAGUGUGAUAAUGAAGAACUAAUGGAAUUGGCUCUUCCUAGGCUGACUCAGUUCAUUACUGUGUAUGAGUUUCUGCUGAUGAAGGUUGAAAAAGGUUGUCCAUCAAGACCGUACUUUCCAGAUGUUUAUAGAGAAUUUGAGGAACUACAUGCCAUGGUGAAAAAAAUGUCUGAAGAUCAUUUUAAUAAUUCAAUUUUUGCAGACAUCCAGAAGCCACUAGAAGUCAGAGAUACUAAGGUAGCUGAAUCCUUAGGAAUAACAGAAGAACUUCAAAGGAAACAUGUAGCAAAGGUUACAGACUCUUCGGUGGAAUGUGUCAUUACUGUGGGACAAGCAAAUGAUUUACAGACAUUGGCUAAAAAGCAUGGAGUGGAGGUAGAGGAUGAUAUGUUACUUCCAGCAAAAAGAAUAAGAACUGAAACUCUGAUGGAAAACAUACUUGAUAAUUACAGUGGAGUAAAGGCAGAAUCUCCACAUUUAAAUGGUUUGAUACGUAAAGAAGAUGUUAACCAGUCACUAAACAGGACACUUGAACAUUCUGAAAACAGUUACAGAAUAAGUGAGCAGUCUACUGACAGUGAUCAUAACAUCAAAAGUACAAUUUUGCAUUCCAGCAAUGGAUGUAAUAAGCUUAUUCCUGUACAAAAUGGAGCAGAACUGUCUCAAUCCAGUGCUUCCGCAUGUCAGUCUUCUGCUGGAGAAGCAAAAAGUUCAAAGUUUUUGCAGGCUGCUAAGCAAAACCAAGCCAGUAUAGGUAGUACAGUUUCACAGAGUACAGAACAGUUUUUCUCUAUGGAAAGAGACAUUUCACCAGAGGAACUUGUCCAGGAUCAUCUUGUUGGUCCAAAUGUCUUGGAUCAGCUCACCGAUACAAAGUUCAGUAGUUCUGUGCAGUCCGAUAAUAUGCACAGUAUGAAUAGUCCUGAUUCAGAUAGUAAGACUAGUGAACAUACAGGCGGCAGUGUUCGUGAUCUGCAAAACAGCAUUAUGAGCCAAGACAUUCAAAAUAAUCUUGACCAUUCAGACCAGCUUAAUGACUCUGAUAUAGCAGAGCAGGUGCAGCAGCUUGAGCGAGCUUUGUCUGACCAUAUUAUACCUAUAGACCAUUCUUACAGGACUCAGCACAGUGAGCAGCAGGACACAAUCUCCCAAGAAAAGGUGGAGAGCCCAUCUGGCAACAAACCAAACAACGAAUUAGAACUUAAAAAUCUAGGUGACUUGGGAGAAACUGAAGAACAGUUUGAUGGUCACAUGGAUAUAGGAAGCUCUGUAACUGUAGAUGAAACAGUAGAAUUUCAUCAUGAACUUUUACCUCAGGAGCAUGAACAGAUCUUUAUUCAGACAUCAGAAGGUCUGAUUUUAUCCCAUCCAGGUACUGCUGUUGUGUCUCAAUCAGAUGGAAUUGUUAUUGUAACUGAUGCAGAUGGCACCACAAUGCAUAUUCAAACACAGGAGGGAGUACCUUUGGAAACUGUGGAGGCACUCCUACAAGUAGAGACAGAGGCUCAAAGCGAAAGCCUUUUUUCUCAGACAUCAAGUAGAGUAUAGCAAAACUGGUAAUGGACACUGUUCAUAAUAACUUUCAUAAGAAGACCAGCUCUUCAAAUAGGUAUAUUUUUCUAAUUUGACAUUCGGGUAGAAUGUGUACCAAAAUUUUAACUUAUUUGUUGAAAAAUUGACUACUUUAGACAUAGUGACUUUUGUAUGUUUUACAUUUCUGUUCUUUGUAGAUUUAUUUACUGCAAAACACUUGGACUUCAGAUAUAAUGUGAGUGACCUUAAGUCCAGCAAGAAUGUUGUUCACUAAAAAAAGAGAAACUUUUUAUUUUUUUUGCACUUUUUUCUGUUACAUUUUUUCAAUGUUAACUUUUUUGCCAAAAUGUAACUAUAUAUAUUGCACUGCCACCUUUCUGGCAGUACAGAAUGCCAUUUAUAUAUGAAAAUAAUAAAUUCAAAAGUAAUUUUCAUUACAAUAAAAUACAGUAUUCUUCUUAA